GAGCGAGCGUCAGUGAUCCAAGGACAGCGCGGCGGUGCGCGCGAGCAUCAGGUCACCUGGAAGUCUGCGAGCAUCACGAGUCCGAACCGAGGCGGACCCAGCGCAGGAGACCCAGACCUGCGGGGAGGUCUCCGGCUGAUGAACCGGGACCGAGCCGGAGCUGAAUCAACAGGACGCGGCAGCGGCGUCACCGAGUCCGCGUGUCCUGACUCACAGACCCGAGGAAAACCACCUCUCGUCGGCCCAACACGCGACCCGAACCCGGACCUCAGUGAUCCCCGGUGUCAGAGUCAGACCGCAGAGCGGAGCCGCGGGUUCUACCCGGGUCUCCGUGAUUCGUGUUAAAAUAAUAAUAAGAAACAGCAAGAGCCCCAAACCCGACAGACAGGCACGAGACAUCGAACCGGGCCAGAGCACCCGGGUGCUGGACCGGAAACACAGGGAAGAGGAAACAGACGGUGAAAUCAACAGGAGGCCGAGGAGACGCAGACUGUAACGGAAUCCAGAACCAGAGGAGCCCAGGACCAGAACCUGCAGCUGAACCCGAACUUACAGAACCUACAGAACCCGAUCAUGGAGCUGCGCGGCGUGCUCCUGCUGGCCGUGCUGCAGUGCUGCUCGGUGGCGCUGUGCGGCUGCGAGCCGCGGCUGGUGAACGUGGGCGCCGUCCUGAGUCAGAAGCGCUACGAGCAGGUGUUCAAGGACGCGGUGACUCAGGCCAACGCUCUGUACGGGAAGGAAAAGUUCAAGAUGAACGCCAUCUCCGUCACACACAAGCCCAACGCCAUCCAGAUGGCCCUGUCUGUCUGCGAGGACCUCAUCUCCAACCAGGUGUACGCCAUCCUGGUCAGCCAUCCUCCACAGUCCAAUGACCACCUGACUCCAACACCCGUCUCCUACACUGCCGGUUUCUACCGAAUCCCUGUGGUCGGCCUGACGACACGCAUGUCCAUCUACUCUGACAAGAGCAUCCACCUGUCGUUUCUGAGGACAGUGCCUCCGUACUCCCACCAGGCACAAGUCUGGUUUGACCUGAUGAGGGAGUUCAGGUGGAACCACAUCAUCCUGAUCGUCAGCGACGACCACGAGGGUCGAGCCGCCCAGAAACGACUGGAGACCCUGCUGGAGGAGCGAGAGACCAAGACUAAAAACAGGAACUAUGAAAACCUCGACCAACAGAACUUUGACUUCAGGAGAACACCCAAGGCUGAGAAAGUGCUGCUCUUCAGCCAGGACACCAACCUGACGGCCCUGCUGCUGGAGGCCAAAGACCUGGAGGCCCGAGUCAUCAUCCUCUCUGCCAGUGAGGAUGAAGCCGCGCUGGUGUACAAAGCAGCCCGGCAGCUCAACAUGACCGGCUCUGGUUACGUCUGGCUGGUCGGAGAGCGAGAGAUGACCGGCAAGGCUCUGAGUGAAGCUCCAGACGGCCUGCUGGGCCUCCAGCUGAUUAAUGGUAAGAACGAGUCGGCGCACAUCGCGGACGCAGUGGCUGUGGUGGCGCAGUCUUUGCAGGAGCUGUUUGAGAAGGAGAACAUUACAGAACCACCACGGGGCUGUGUGGGAAACACCAACAUCUGGAGGACCGGGCCACUCUUCAAACGGGUGCUGAUGUCAUCAAAGUACCCCGAUGGCCUGACAGGACGUAUUGAGUUUAACGACGAUGGCGACCGACGCUUCGCUACCUACAGCAUUCUUAACUACCAGCAGAAACCAGGUCGCCUCGUCCAGGUUGGAGUCUUCAACGGAACACAGGUUGUGAUGAACCCUCAGAGGAAAAUCAUUUGGCCUGGAGGAGAGACAGAGAAGCCAGUCGGAUACCAGAUGUCAACCAGACUGAAGAUUGUGACGAUUCAUCAGGAGCCGUUUGUUUACGUGAAGCCAACGAAGAGCGACGGGACGUGUAAAGAGGAGUACACUGUGAACGGAGUCCUAAUCAAGAAGGUGAUCUGUACUGGGCCCAACGGGACCAUACCAGGUCAGCCCAUUGUCCCUCAGUGUUGCUAUGGUUUCUGCAUCGACCUGCUCAUCAAGCUGGCCAUGAGUAUGAACUUCACCUAUGAGGUUCACCUGGUGGCUGAUGGGAAGUUUGGCACGCAGGAGCGAGUGAACAACAGCAACAAGAAAGAGUGGAACGGGAUGAUGGGGGAGCUACUGGGAGGCCUCGCCGACAUGAUUGUCGCCCCGCUCACCAUCAACAACGAGCGCGCACAGUACAUCGAGUUUUCCAAACCCUUCAAAUACCAGGGGCUCACCAUCCUCGUCAAGAAGGAAAUCCCUCGCAGCACUCUGGACUCAUUCAUGCAGCCGUUCCAGAGCACACUGUGGCUGUUAGUCGGUCUGUCGGUCCACGUGGUGGCAGUGAUGCUUUACCUACUAGACCGGUUCAGCCCGUUUGGAAGGUUUAAAGUGAACAGCGAAGAAGAAGAGGAAGACGCCCUCACCUUGUCCUCUGCCAUGUGGUUCUCAUGGGGAGUACUGCUGAACUCUGGGAUAGGAGAAGGAGCUCCCAGAAGUUUCUCAGCCAGGAUUCUGGGUAUGGUGUGGGCAGGGUUCGCCAUGAUCAUCGUAGCAUCGUAUACUGCCAACCUGGCAGCCUUCCUGGUGCUGGACCGGCCUGAGGAGCGCAUCACUGGCAUCAACGACCCCAGGCUGCGUAACCCAUCAGAUAAGUUCAUCUACGCCACAGUGAAGCAGAGCUCGGUGGAUAUCUACUUCAGACGGCAGGUGGAGCUGAGCACCAUGUACCGGCAUAUGGAGAAACACAACUACGAGAGCGCCGCUGAGGCCAUCCAAGCUGUCCGAGACAAUAAGCUUCACGCCUUCAUCUGGGACAGCGCUGUGCUGGAGUUUGAGGCGUCGCAGAAGUGCGAUCUGGUGACGACAGGAGAGCUUUUCUUCCGCUCUGGAUUCGGGAUUGGAAUGAGGAAAGACAGCCCGUGGAAACAGAAUGUGUCUCUGGCUAUUCUCAGUUCUCACGAGAACGGCUUCAUGGAGGAUCUCGAUAAGACGUGGGUUCGAUACCAGGAGUGUGACUCCAGGAGCAACGCCCCCGCCACCCUCACCUUCGAGAACAUGGCAGGUGUGUUCAUGUUGGUUGCUGGUGGCAUUGUGGCCGGGAUCUUCCUCAUCUUUAUCGAGAUCGCCUACAAACGGCACAAAGACGCCCGCAGGAAACAGAUGCAGCUCGCCUUCGCUGCUGUGAACGUUUGGAGGAAGAACCUGCAGGAUAGGAAAAGUGGUAGAGCAGAGCCCGAGCCCAAACUGAAAACCUCUUUUAGGUCCAUCACCUCGACCUCCGACCUCAAACGUCGUAGGGCCUCCGGGGACGCCACGCUCCAUCAUCUCCUUGCUGACUCAUCAUGGUCGCCUGCCUGUCAGUCAGCCAUCUUUGCUUUCCCGCCUCCAUCAGCUCAUCUGUCCCACUAUGACAGACAGACAGACAGACAGACAAAAGGAGACAGACUGAGGACAGAAAGAAACGUCCAGUUCGAUCCGCCCAGGCAGCCGUACCCAACUGACAUCACCGGCCAGCUCAACCUAUCAGAUCCCUCCGUCAGCACCGUGGUCUGAGCGAGAGCGAGCGAGCUUCACUGCUGCUGCUGAGCCACACAGACACACACUGACCCUCUGGACACAUGCACACACACGCACACAGAUGGACAGGAAGGAGGAUGUAAUGGCAGCAGGGCUUUUGGACAACAUCCCACAGUGCCCACACACACACACACACACACACACACACACACACACACACACACACACACACACACACCUUUAUGUCCUUGUAAGGACCACAAACCUGAUCUGGAACCUUAAAACUAAUGCUGAAGUGGGUCCUCAUAAUGCAGAAAUGUCCUCAUAAUGCAGAAAUGUCCUCAUAAUGCAGAAAUGUCCCCACAGUGUAGAAAUGUCUCUUUAGUGCAUUGCCAUAAAAUUUGCCUAAAUCAUUGGACCCCACAAAGAUGGCAAUAGGAGAAUAUACAAAUAUUAUACAAUGCACACAAAUUUUUUUUACUUACACACACACACACAACCACACCAUCUGUCACACUAACCCCCACCAUGUAAAGCAAACAUAUACACAGAAAUUGAACACAUGCUAUACAAACACACUUGCCUUGCUCUGCUUGUAGCCAUCCACCUCCUCCCACCAGAGGGUCUUUUAUUUUGAAAGAACUCUUUCAGACUGGUUUUCUUUUGGUGGAUGUCUGUGAUGUUGUACAGUUUAUUCUAUUUCCUGUUGAUCGCACUGAAUUAGCAAAUGUCCUGACCAGUUUUAGAACCAUUUUAACUAGUUAUAACUGGCGACGCCUUUCUUUCUUCUUGAACUCAUAAAAUCUACCACUGCUUAACGGGAACAGUCUGUCGAAUGGGAAUCUAUUAAUUAGCUCCCCAAUUACUGAUCAGUUUGGCAGGUGGGUGGAGCCUCUAGGACAGGAAGUUGUUCCUUUACAUAGAACUACAGAUUUCUCUUGGAUCACUGACACAGAGUGUGGGGUCAUCCCGCUGAGGCUCAUGGGUAAUGUAGUUUUCCAUAAUUAACAGUAAUGAGCGACCUGUCAGCAGGAAGCUCCAUCAUUUUGGUUCAGUGAUUCAGAGAAUUUGUUGCUCUGUGUUAAGGAAAAUUUGGUAAAACUUUCUUUAAACCGUUCUCCCGUCAUUUAAUCUACUUCACAAUCGUCAAAUAAGGAGUUGUUAAAUGUUUUCAAGAUACUUCAGUGCAGCUGUGAGUGGACAUGAAGACAUUUUAAUUAAUUGUUAGUGCUAAUGUCUUGAUGGCUCCAUAAUGCAGACAUGCCCCCAUGAACUAGAAAUGUUAUAACAUGGCUGAAAUGUCCCUAUAAUUUAGAGUGUCCCCACAGUAUAGAAAGCCCCCUCACGGUAGAAAUGUCUCUAUAAUGCAGAAAGUCCUUACGGUGUAUACAGGUGCUGAUCAUAAAAUUAGAAUAUCAUGAAAAAGUUUCAGUAAUUCCAUUCAAAAAGUGAAACUUGUAUAUUAUAUUCAUCCAUU